CAACUUGACGCCGCGCCCGCGCGCGCUCCCUCGCUUCUGCCUUCGUGGCUCACUGGCUGUCGUCAGGUAACGUUUAUCCCGUCGAUGACGCCGAAGGUGAAGAUGUGGCGUCUGUUGGCCCCCCUCGCCGUCGCGUCGCUGCUCGCCUCGGGGGCGUCUGCGAAGAGCGUGACGGGACUUUUGAAGAGCGAAGCGGCGAGACGCCAGAAGGGCCAGUUCAUCACCAAAUUCAUGUACCAAGGCGAUAGCGGUCUGUUGGCGUGCCGGCUGGACAACCCCGCCCUGGCCUCCGAGAAGGAGUCCAGGCUGCUGCUGUACCAGGACAUGGACCCCGACCUGGACCACCUCAGCUGCUUCGAGAGGCUCGCGAAAUCUCAGUUCACCGUUUCUCUCAGCGAAGAAGAGCACAACCAGUCGAUCCCUCGUCAGUCCUCUCCGACAACCUGGCAGGUCCUGUACGCUGACCGAUACACGUGUCAGGAGGGCGUAGUGAUUCCUCAGCACGCCGACCUCCGUUUCACCGUGCUGCUGUUAAACCCCGACUCGGCCGGCAACCCUCUGGAGCACUUCAGCGCCGAGGAGGCAGGUCUCCACGGCUUUUACUUCCUGCUGCUGCUGGCCUACUUCGUCGCCUGCUGCAUCUACUCCCGGCCUCUGUGGCAGGCUCUGAGGAAAGGCGGUCCCAUGCACACUGUCCUCAGGGUGCUCACCACGGCGCUGGCCUUGCAGGGCUUCUCCGCCCUCUGCAACUACAUCCACCUGGCCAGGUAUUCCAGAGAUGGGACUGGUAUUCCUCUGAUGGGCAGCCUGGCAGAGUUCUGGGAUAUGGUGUCCCAGGUGUCCGUGCUGUACAUGCUGCUGAGUCUGUGCGUGGGCUGGACUCUGGGCCGCGGCAGGAAGCCUCAGGCCAGACCUCUGCAGUGGGAGCGGUCUCCGACGUCCACGGCGGUGGCUGCUGGUGGAGGCGUCCUGCAGGGAGCCUUGCUGCUGUGGGAGCAGUUCUCCGAGUCCGAGAGUCAACACCACAGCUACCACCUGCAGCAGAGUCUCGCGGGUCUCCUCCUCAUGGCUCUCCGAGUGGGCCUGGCCCUGCUGCUGGCCUCCGUCCUCUACCAGAUCACCUCCACCGAGAGGAGCACCCUGAAGAGAGACUUCUACCUCUGCUUCGCCAAGGGAUGCUUCCUGUGGUUCCUCUGUCACCCCGUCCUCUUCCUCCUGUCGGCUGUCUUCAACGAGAACCAGAGGGAGAAGGUGGUGACCAUCGGGGUGGUCCUCUGCCAGUCCAUCGCCAUGGUGACCCUCUACCAGCUCUUCCUGUCCCGUUCUCUCUACUGGGAGGUCUCCUCUCUCUCCUCCAUGUCUCUGCCGCUCACCAUGUCCCGGGCGAACCAGCGGGGGCGCUACUGAUGCACGCACGCUCCCUCCGCUUGUCACCGAGGCUGCACCUCCACACUGCAGGAGACCUUCUACAGCACGGGUCACUAAAUGACCACAGGGCGGUGUUUACUGCAACACCCGACUUCUGGUCGGGGGAAGCUCCAGAGCAGGAGGAGGGCCAUCGGAGUCCAGCCGGGUGUCGUGGCGGUUCAGCAGAGACCAACGCCAGCGCGUCAACGGCGGAUCGCUGGCAUCAAGAUGUGCGAAUGAAGAGAACGUCGUGCUCUUUGCUUCACUGUUACCGUAGAGGUUCAAAGCACCAGAGCACUUGUUCUGCUCGUUGAACUGGACUUGGAUCCGAUCGCCAAAGGGGGAGAAUGUAGGAUCUAAGUGAGAAGGGUUUUUUGUCUCAAAGUGGAAGCCUGCUUUUAGUCUAUAUUUUUCUUGUUGGCACCAAAACCCAUGAAAACCCACAACAAUGAGUCCCGCUUGGACCCACUGAAGGUGUCAGUUUUGCAAAACGUCAAAAAAAAUAUAGUUUCAUUUUUUUUUAAAAGCUCAGUAACUUCUUGAAACGGCAAUUGACCGUUUUUAUGUCACUCAAGCAGCUGGAAACUGUUUGGGAUUUUUCGAUGUUUUUGGUUAUCAAUGUGGUGGCCCAUUUUAUGUGUGAUACAUUUAAAAUAUGCCACAGUGCAUGGUCAAGACAAUCAAGGAAAAUGUGAGCCUUUGUGGGAUUUAUUUACAGCAAGAGACAAAAUCAUUUUGGAUAGAAGGAUAUGUUCGAGGCUAAACAGAUGGAGGUAGACAGAAUGCUAUACGGAUGGUUUCAGUACCUAGACGGGUUAAAGAAAUGUAUUCUAUGACCUUUUUGAAUAUAAGGAUUUGGGUCCUUUUUGUCUUAACAUCCAAAGGAGCUGUUGAAGAGAAGUUUCAAUAAGGUCAAAUGGUUCUGGGAAGCUUAAGAUUACAACAAGGCUGUGAAUUCUCUCUCUGCUGUGUUGCCAUGACUACAGGAAAUACAAGUUACUCAAAAGAAUGGUUUGACCAAGCUUUCUAAAGAACACCGGGUGAUUGAUUUAAUGAGUCUGAACCAAAGGACCACAUAUGAAUCUGUACUUCAUAUUAAUAGUUUUCUCUGAGCUGACAGCAUGUCAACCAUUUAAGAUUGUUACCUUCGUUAUAGCUGGAAACACACUGUGACUAAUGGCACUGCUACCUUUUUAUUCUUCCAUUCCCUUCACCGUGAGCGGAACUACACCACCUGGUGCAAUUACCUUUUUAAAGCCACACUUAAAACUCUUACCUUUUCAAAUUAUUCAGCUCUGUUUUGAGCCCAGCGUGAGGUCCUGGAUUGAGGGUUAUUUUAUUCAAGCCAAGUGGCAAAAGGCCGGUGGCUUUUAGCAAAUUUAAUUGUGCAUUAUUCUCCACUAAACUUUACCUCCAGAAAAAGAAUUUCCGAACAUGUUUUAUUGUAUGUUACUUACUCAUCUUAUUCUAACU